UGCAUCAAUGAGAACUGAAUUGUUCACCUUCUCUACACUCGCCAGAAGCUGAAUUCCCUUGUUUUAUUUUUCGCCUUUCUUUCAUUCGCCGCCCCUAGCCAUGGCUGUCAACAACGCUUUUCUCCAUGCCGCCACCGUCGGUGAUGCAACGACAAUUGAGACUGAAUAUCUCAGAGACAAAUCAGUCCUUAUUGCCAAGGAUGCCGAGGGUCGGACAGCCCUCCACCUGGCAGCACUCCACAAAGAUGUAAAGGUCCUCGAACUACUACUCAACUAUGGGAUCGAGCCAUCAAUAGCCGACAACCGUGGCCAAACAGCGUUACACAUCGCAGCCGAGCUAUCCUCUCUUCCCAUUGUCGAGCUCCUCCUUCAGAGAGGCGCUAAUUGGUCGAUCCGAGACCAUGACGGCAAUACGCCACUCUCCUACGCCUACCAACAAUACUCCCUGGAUGUCCUGAGCUGUUUCCUACAAUAUACACCAGCCUCUCCCACCGAAGUUCCCUGUGGCCUUACGCCAGAGAUCGUUCUUCGAUCCUCUGCAAACAGGAAAUGGACUGCUCUCCAGAUAGGUGUCAACGCGCACGGUCGAUAGGGUUUGUGGAGCUAUUCGAGUCAUUUUAAAGCAACAUAACAUACUUCGGAAACUGAGUAUUUCCGACCAACAAGUGACGAGCGACUCGGUGGAUGACUGAAAUUAAUCGCUCCGUUUACCUGAGCGAUCAGCCACCAUGACUACUUGGGCCUGCACGAGAACUUCGGACAGACGGGCAUACCAUGUUAAAAGAGGACCG